CCUCUUUUCUAUCUUCAGAUUCUUUCUAUCCUAUAUGGUUCUAGCACUAAGCACUAAGCACCGACCCUCGCACAGCUUCACGAAGGAUUCGCACCAGCGUCUCACGAUGACUUCUUCCUCCUUCACCUCCCCCUCCUCCUUUACAACCACCACUACACACCCCAUCUUCAUCAGCAACUCUAGAGACAAUAUGCAAUCCCCCUUCAGUUACACGGACUCCUCUACCUCCUCAUCCUACUCUUCUUCCCCAGGCGGCAUGGACUUUUUCUUCUACGGGCCCCCACAGCCCAUCUAUGAGACUGCCCUGUGCGAUCUCGACGCUACCAGUCCCUUUGCCGUCUCCGAGGUCAUCCCCGAUGCUGCAUACUCCUUCACCAGCUCGCCGUACAUGUAUACUCCCAUGCACGAUUUCCCGCCCGUCUAUGAGACAUCGACGGCUACCAGCGUACCCAGUUCGGCAAGCAGCACCUGUGGCAGUACCUGCGGGAGCUCCAGCUGGAACAAUAUGCCCGAGGAAGUCCCCAUGCCCAACUUCCCUCUCACCUCUGAUGACUCGGGCCCGGACUCGCCGCCCACUCAGUCCAAACCCGCAAAGCCCUUCGGCUGCGACAACUGCGGCAAGUCCUUCACUCGCUUCGCAGACCUGAAGCGCCACCAGACGAGCGUCCACUACCCCGUCUUCCGCAAUUGCCCUGUCGAGCACUGCUCCCGCAAGGGCAGCAAUGGCUUCCCCCGCCAGGACCAUCUCGUCGAGCACCUGCGCUCUUAUCACCACCUGGAUGUUCCGAAGCGCCGGGCGCUGAAGCGUUCUGCCAAGGACGCUACACUCUAGAUGCACUGGUGGGGUUUAUCAAACUCGCGCUUUCGCUUGCCCUUUUACUUUUGCUCUGUGGGGCCAUCACCCCCCGCAGGUAUUACGAUCUUACGAUUUAUUGACUUUUAUUGUUGUUUGUUUACUCGAUUACCCUUCUGUCUUCGCCAAUGGCGUUAUUUCUUCUUUUUUAUUCUUUAGCUGGUCCUAUGAUUCAUUGCUUCUGGCAUUUUGCUUCUCUGUUUACACUUGUUUGUAUAGACUACAGUCUGCGUCUGCUCUAUCCUGUAUAGAAUACCCUUGGCUGUUUCUUCUUUGUACUUUUGUGCAAGUUUUCAGGUUUCCAUGUUUUUGUGUCGAUGAUUCGAAUGGAGGAAUGCUCGCCAACGCAAUAGACGGGGCUUAUGGGUGUUUUUUUAGAUGGGGUUUGCUUUUUUGAGGUACUACUGUACUCCACGAUGGAAACUAUAUGAAUGAAGGAAUCUAUGAAC